CAGGGGUUAAUAGAUUAAUGCUUCGCACUUCCAAUUCUCCACAGAAUUUUUAUUUUCCUUCGUCUUCCUCUUCAUCAACGUUGCUAAGAUGUUUAGGCAAAACAAGGGUGACUAGAGAUCGAGAUCAGAAGGUGGUAGUAGUUUCAGCUGGGAAUGGUCAUGAUCAGAGAAAGUUAUCUGCAGUUGCAUGGAAAGAAUCGGUUGCUUCUGAGAACACGAUUUCAACAAAUGUAACAGAAACAGCUCUUAGGAUUUUAAGUUCUCAUGUCGAAAGGAAAUCAUGGAGACAAAAGGUUGAGAUGUUCUUCGAGACGGCAUUCAUUGAUUGCAGGUUUUUUACAUUGUUUGCUGUUGCUGGAUCCUUGUUGGGCUCAAUCUUGUGUUUCUUUGAGGGUUGUGUCCUUAUCAUAGAAUCAUAUUUGAAUUAUUUUCAUCUGAUGCUGCAAAAUUCAGAUCAAGGACACGUGGUUGAGCUACUUAUUGAGGCCAUAGAUAUGUUUCUUCUAGGAACCGCCAUGCUUAUUUUUGGGACUGGAUUAUAUGUUUUCUUUGUUGGUUCCAAGUUUAUGAAGAGAGGGAGCACAAGACUGAUUCCUCAAUCCAACUUUUUUGGGCUUUUUCACCUUCAUAUGCUUCCAGCAUGGGUGGAGAUGAAGUCAGUAUCUGAGGAAAAAUCAAAAAUUGGGCAUGCAGUGCUGAUGAUACUCCAGGUGGGGGUAGUGGAGAAAUUCAAGAACAUACCAUUGGUUACUGGGCUGGAUCUUGCCUGUUUUGCUGGGGCUGUACUAAUUUCUUCAGCUUCCAUUUUCAUUCUCUCAAGACUCUCAAUUGUAGAACAGAAGGUGGGUGGUAGCCACGCUACUACAUGGUUUGGAUGGCUCAUGGGCCAAAAAUGAAUAUGUGGUCUUUCAGUUAUAAAGUAUAAAUUAUAAAUUGUAUAUGUUUAAGGAAAAAGUUUCCCUUGACCUCA